CCCACGGCCGCUACCAGUCUGUCCCGAGGUCGGGAAGUUGUGCGGGGAGCCUUUCCGUCUCCUCAGGAUCCGCCCUCGCCUGAGGAGGCACCCGAGAUCUCCUGACGGCCUGGAUUCCCGGGGCUGGGGUGUUUUGGAGACAUGGAUUUAGACGCUGUUACAAAACAUUCAACAUUACAUGCCAAGCCCAAUGGACUCAUUCUUCAGUAUGGGACUGCUGGAUUUCGAGCAAAUGCAGAACAUCUUGAUCAUAUCAUGUACCGAAUGGGAUUAUUAGCGGUCCUGAGGUCAAAACAGACAAAGUCCACCAUAGGAGUUAUGGUCACAGCGUCGCACAAUCCUGAGGAAGACAAUGGUGUGAAAUUGAUCGAUCCUUUGGGUGAAAUGUUGGCACCAUCCUGGGAGGAGCACGCUACCUGUCUGGCAAAUGCUGAGGAGCAAGAUCUGCAGAGAGUGCUUGUUGGCAUCAGUGAGAGCGAAGCUGUGGAUCUGCAGCAAGAUGCCUUUGUGGUUAUUGGGAGAGAUACCAGGCCCAGCAGUGAGAAAUUCUCCCAGUCUGUAAUAGACGGAGUAACUGUUUUAGGAAGUCAAUUCCAUGAUUAUGGCUUACUAACGACACCCCAGCUGCACUACAUGGUUUACUGUCGAAACACCAGUGGCCAGUACGGAAAGGCGACCACAGAAGGUUACUACCAGAAGCUUUCUAAGGCUUUCGUGGCGCUUACCAAACAGGUUUCCUGCAGUGGAGAUGAAUACAGGUCACUUAAAGUUGACUGUGCAAAUGGUAUAGGGGCUCUGAAGCUAAAGGAAAUGCAACACUACUUCUCACAGGGAUUAUCAGUUCAGCUGUAUAAUGAUGGGACCAAAGGGAAGCUCAACCAUUUAUGCGGGGCCGACUUUGUGAAAAGCCAUCAGAAACCUCCAGAGGGAAUGGAAAUGAAGCCUAAUGAAAGAUGCUGUUCCUUUGAUGGAGACGCAGACAGAAUUGUGUAUUACUAUCGGAAUGAAGAUGGUCAGUUUCAUCUUAUAGAUGGAGACAAGAUAGCAACGUUAAUUAGCAGUUUCCUUAAAGAACUCCUGUUGGAGAUUGGAGAAAAUCUGAAUAUUGGUGUUGUACAAACUGCAUAUGCAAAUGGAAGUUCAACACGAUAUCUUGAAGAAGUUAUGAAGGUACCUGUUUACUGCACUAAAACUGGUGUAAAACAUUUGCAUCACAAGGCUCAAGAGUUUGACAUUGGAGUUUAUUUCGAAGCAAAUGGGCACGGCACAGCGCUGUUUAGUAAAGCUGUGGAAAUGAAAAUAAAACAACUAGCAAAAGAAUUAGAAGGCGAUAAAGGAAAAGCUGCUAAGAUGCUUGAAAAUGUCAUUGACUUAUUUAAUCAGGCAGCUGGCGAUGCCAUCUCUGACAUGCUGGUGAUUGAGGCCAUCCUGGCUCUGAAGGGCCUGACUGUACAGCAGUGGGACGCUCUCUACAUGGAUCUUCCAAACAGACAACUCAAAGUGAAGGUUGCAGAUAGGAGAGUUAUUAGUACCACAGAUGCUGAAAGACAGGUGGUCACACCUCCUGGACUACAGGAGAUGAUCAGUGACCUGGUGAAGAAGUACAAACUCUCCCGAGCUUUUGUCCGGCCCUCAGGUACAGAGGAUGUCAUCCGAGUAUAUGCAGAAGCCGACUCACAAGAAAAUGCAGAUAGCCUUGCACAUGAAGUGAGCUUGGCAGUCUUUCAGCUGGCUGGAGGAAUUGGAGAAAGACCCACACCAAGUUUCUGCGGAUAAUUUUUACAUUGUGAAAACUGGAUUUUUAAAAAGCUUUUAUAAAACUGUAACAAUAUCAUAAUCAUGUUUAUAUGUAUGUUACUAGAUUGUUUCUACUCUGUUUUUCUUAAACACUACUUUUUUUUUUUUUUAGAAAUAGGUAAGUCUUUUAUGCUUGUUAAAGAAGUUUACCUAUAAUUUUAGUCUCACUAAUAUAAAAUAUUAGGCACUUAAGUAUAUGAUUCAGUGCUUAGUUUUACAAUGUAUGCAAGAAACAAAUCAUUCAGAAUGCUAGAACUUAAAUCUUACUAUUAUCUUGUCAUGUCUUUGGUGUCACCAUUACCUGUCAAGGUAUUGUUCCCCAUCUGUGGUAAAUGGGGAGAGCAGAAAAGACUUUACUACCAGGUUUUCUACAGCACAUCGUCAUUAUGGAUAGAAGAUAACUUACCUGUCUGCUUAGUGCUGGCAGGAAUUCAGAGAAGUGAUCCAUCUCUCCCCACACUCAGGGGAAGGUGUCCAUGUUGUCCUACAGAACUGUGCACUUUUUCUUCACUGCUACCAGUGACUCAAUGUGGAAGAACUAAAUCAAAUGUACUAAGCCUUUGAUGGUGAACCGUUCGGAUACUAGAACAUGGUUAAUAACGGAAGGGAAAAAACCUCAGCCAAUCUAAAUUAAACCAAGCCUGAAACCAAUAGAAAAAAUGUGUAGUGUAUAUUUGGUAGGUUUAAGACAAUUCAGGACAAUAAACCAAUGGAUUAGAUAUAUAUAGUGAAAGCUCUUGUAGGCACCAUAAUCAGUAUGAACAAACAAUAUUUAAAUUUGAAUCAGCCACAUUCAGACAUUAGCUCUUAUUUACAAAUAUUUAAAUACAACCUAAAAUGUGUUUUGUUACAUAUAUAAAAAAGAAAAAGAAACUAUACAACUCAGAGCAGUGUGUCUGUUUUAAAUAACUGCAGCAAAACCACUGGUGGUACUCAAGUUUUUAUCACCCCUUCCAGAAAAUCCUUUUCUACCAUCUCUUCUAUUUUUUGCCGGGCUUUGCUGGAAAAUGGUUUGUGGUUUUCCAGUUUCAUGUCCUUAUUAGGGAAAGUGUUUGAGUAGAGGACAGGGCUCCCUGAGUGUCCUCCGCACCGACUUGUGACUUUGCUGUUGAAGACCUGGCUGAGGACAGUGAAGAAUGGGAGGAGCUGUUCCAUGUUGCGCACAGUACAGAUGGUGAGCAGCAAGUGCCCAGGUUCCCAGCCCAGUGUUCUCCCUGAGUUGUCUUCCUCUGGAUUCUUCUGUAGGAACAGAAUCAUUGGGGUACUGUAUUAGACAAAUGAGACAUCAACAUCAGAAAUUGCAUUGACAAUGAACAUUAAUGAUAAGUGUCUUCAGACUUGAUUAAAACCCUUGUUCCUAA